AUGAAUGCUGACUUGCAACGAGAACGGGCCCAAGCGUCCUUCAACACCGAGAAGAUGACCAAUCUCUUGGAUGGUGGGGCCGCCAAGACAGCUCGCCGCAGGCAACUCGUUUCGAUCAUCGAAAAGGAUCCCACUGGAAUCUUCUCCAACGACGACAACUAUUAUCUCCACCGCACAGAUCGGCAUGUACGUGGUUUGGCCAAGGCUGUUCGUUUGAUUGAGGUUUGUCGCAAGCUGGGAAUCGGAGAUGAAUGCGAUGGACACAUGGUGGCCAGCGAAGAUUGGAAUGUCCUCUUGAUUGCUCUAGCCGAUGAUUUGCCCCUCUACCUUCAUUGGGUCAUGUUUAUUCCCAAUAUUAUCAGCUUGUGUGAUGAUGAACAACAAGCCGAAUGGCUCCCUCUCUGUCGAGAUUGGCGCAUGAUUGGAUGUUAUGCUCAGACGGAAAUUGGCCAUGGAUCCAAUGUGAGGGCAUUGGAAACCACAGCAACGUUUCUACCUGAGAGUAAAGGAGGAAUGAAGGGAGGUUCCUUUGUCAUCAAUUCACCUACAAUUACCAGUUACAAGGCCUGGCCUGGAACGUUAGGCCGCACUGCCAACCAUGCCAUGGUGAUUGCCCGUCUGAUUGAUGGUGAUGGUGUUGAUCGUGGUGUGCACAACUUUUUGGUGCCCUUGCGCUCCAUGGAGACCCAUGAUUUGCUCCCAGGUGUGGAAACAGGCGAUUUGGGUCCAAAGAUUGGUUACAAUACCAUGGACAAUGGGUUUGCCAGCUUCAAUAAUGUUGUCAUCCCUCGCAGGAACAUGGCCAUGCGCUUUUCACAGGUUGACGAGCAAGGCAAAUACAUCAAAAAGCAAAUGUCGGAGGCAGCCUCCAAGAUUGCCUACAUCACCAUGAUGCAAGUCCGGGUCCUCAUUACGGACAGUGCAGGCAAAGCCCUUGGCAAAGCAAGUACGAUUGCCAUUAGGUAUUCAGCUGUUCGAAGGCAGGGCUUCAAAGACAGCGAAGAAACCGCUGAGAACCAAAUCUUGGAUUAUCGUCAACAGCAACACCGUCUAUUUCCACUCUUGGCAAGUUCCUUCUGUUUCUUCAUGACUGGGAAGGUGCUACUAAAGGCGUUGACAUCGAUCGAACAUCGUGUGUUAUCCCACCAACCGGUCAAUAGGGUGGAGGUGACAGACAUUCAUGCUUCCUCUUCGGCCCUCAAAUCCUACACGUCCAUGGUCACAGCUGAUGGAAUCGAGGAGAGCCGAAAGGCGUGUGGAGGACACGGAUUCCUACAGGCAAGUGGUUUACCAGAAAUGUUCACUACCUACUUACAGAAUCCGACAGUGGAAGGAGACAAUCACAUGUUGCCUCAGCAGGUGAUCAAAGUACUGCUCAAACUGGUUCAGGCGGUCGCCACCCAAAACAAUAAGGCGCUCAAUGACUACAAGCCUUGCGACUCUGGUCAGUUGAUUCCUUCACUUCAGGCCAUCAUGGGCGGACGAAAGGUCACAUGCCCAGCCCAAUCUGCAGAAGACUUGCAAUCCUUGUCUCUUUUGAGGCAGGCCCUCUGCUAUCGUGCCGCUCGCUUGUUGGUUGGCGCUGGAAAGUUGGUACAGGAUAGGGUCGAGGCGGGCCGAACACCAGAACAGGCCUGGAAUGAUGCCUUGGUGGAAAUGGCUCGCACCUCCCGUGCAUAUGCUCAAUUCCUCCUUUUGCACAACUUUAUCAAGGGCAUUGACGAAGAAGAAAAGACACAUGCAAUGGUUGGUGCUCCUGAAAUUGCGGUGCUACGUGACAUGGCUCGAAUGUGUGCAUUGUACUGGAUCGAAAAGGACCUUGGUGAUUUCUUGGAGGACGGAUACAUGUCCGCGCAACAUGCUGGCUGGAUCAGAACGAAUGUCUUGGCAGCUUUGGAUGCUAUCCGUCCCAACGCUGUGGCUCUCGUGGACUCGUGGGACUAUUCCGAUUUUAACCUGAAAAGUGCCCUUGGACGAUGGGACGGUGACGUCUAUCCAGCGCUCCUGGAUUAUGCAAGAAGGGAUCCUUUGAAUGCCAAGUCUAUUGGACCUGGAUACGACCCGCAUUUGAAGCGCUUGAUUGUGGAUGGAGUGGGCGCUUACACGCCUACAACGUCGCGUCUUUGA